GGCAUAUUUAAAACAGGAACCUACACCCAAGGCUAUGUCCGCCGUUGCAGCUCAAAGCGAUGGAGUAGCCAAAUUGCAACAGGCUCGCACAGCAGCUCUAGCAAAAAUAGAGGAAGCCCGCAAUCGGAGGGCAAAGCGACUCAAGGAAGCUAAAGGUGAAGCAAAUCUGGAAGUCGAUGCUUUCAAAGCACAACAGGAAGCUCAUUAUAAUUCACUUGAGCUUCAAGUUAACUCUCAAUAUGGUCCUUAUGAGGAGGUGUGUCGUCAAAUGACAGACGAACAGUUAAAGUCAAUGCAACGUUCGUUCCAGUCAAACAAAAAUGCAGCUUUGCAGUUAUUAUUGUCUAAAGUCCUAGAUGUAAAGCCUGUCGUCCAUGUCAACUUUGGUUUUAAGAGUCCGGGGUCGUAGUACGUGUAUGUCCUUUUAAAAGCAGAAUUAGACCAAGUGAUUUACAAGCAUAAUAUACUUCCAAUUGUGAUUAGUAAUCUAAUUAUUUUAACCACUAUAAUAGACGUUAAUUUGCUUUUUAUCGUUUUUUUGAUAAACCAGG